AUGGCGUCACCUUUUAUCAUCGUUUUCGCUGCGGGCGAUGAUGAAGUAAACCACCAAAUCGCCCGCCAGUUCGCGCCUCGCCACCCCAUCGCCUUCCUCUGCCCGCCCUCGCACAACCUCGCCGCCGCCGUCCGCGCCGCCCACGCCGCCGGCACCGAAGCCGUCCUCUUCGAGACCGACCUAUCCUCCGUGCCCUCUGUGCAAUCCUCCAUCGCCGCCGCCGCCGCCCACUUCGGCGCCCAAUCCUCCGCCGCCGCCGCCGCCGCCAUCUUCCAAGUCCGCCGCACCCCCUCCGCGCCGUUCCUGACGCAGACCUCCGCGCAGUUCCGCGAGGAGACGUCGGCGCAGGUGGCGAGCGCGUACGCGUUCGCGCAGGGGGUGAUGCCGCUGCUGACGCGCGGGGCGGGGAGCGGAGAGUUCCCGGCGACGCUGGCGUUCGUGGGCUGCGAGGGGAGGUCGCGGAGCGAUGCGGUGGUGGAGGGCGCGCUGGUGGCGCUGAGUCGCAGCCUGGGGAGGGAGUACGGGAAGAAGUACAUUCACGUGGCGCACUUGAAGUUUGGAAAGGGCUCGGCGGCGGAGGGCAAGGUGCGCGAGGGUGAGGAGAGGGAUGUGCGUGUCGCGGAGACGUUGUGGCACUUGUACACGCAGCCAUUGUCUUGCUUUGCAAAUGAGCUCACCAUCUGA